UGGACCUCUGAGGAGCCCAAACUUUCCAGUAGCACCACAGGCAGCUGCUGUACAAAGACAGACAGAAAGAGGGACAGCUAGAUGAAUAACAAUUAAAACAGAAGAAAAGUAGUUAAAGCUAAAAUUUGUCUCUUUUAAAAUAUUUAAAAAUAAGAUAACUUAGUGCAGUUUUUUUCUUUUCAGUUUUAUACUUAUAUCUUUAUUGGAGAGGGCCCUUUGUGUGGAAAAAAGAGAAAAUGACAAGUCUGCUGUGCAUUACAAUGAUCUCCCUGACCCUGGCUGGCAGUGCAUACAGUAUGCCGAGCUCUCCCUCACAACCAACAGCUAAGGCUUUUGCUGACCUAGGUGCCAACGUCACCCUGCCCUGUCGGCUCCUGUCCAAAGACCCCAUGAUCUUUAGUACCAUUAGUUUUCGAGUCAAAUGGACCAAGGUGGCAGAUGAUGAAGCACUGAAUGAGAAUGUGCUGCUUUCAAUGGGUUUCCACAAGAAAACCUAUGGAAGCUUCGAGGACCGUGUCUUUCUGCAGGAGCAUGAUAGUGAAGAUGCCUCCCUAAUAAUAACCAACGUUUCCAUGGAUGACAUGGGAAAAUACCGCUGUGAGAUAAUCGACGGGGUGCAAGACACCGUGCAAGAUGUUACUUUGGAAGUGCAAGGCGGUCUUAUUGAUGGUGUUGUGUUCCCAUACUCCCCCCCUGUGGGCCGCUACAACCUGAACUUCCCCAAAGCUGUGCAGGCCUGUCUGGAACAGAAUGCUUCUGUCGCCACCUUUGACCAGAUGUUUGAGGCCUGGAAGGGCGGCCUGGACUGGUGCAAUGCUGGCUGGCUGAAUGAUGGCACAGUACAGUAUCCCAUCACCAAACCCAGACACAAUUGUGGAGGCACCAAAAACGGGCCUGGCAUCAGAAGCUAUGGUUAUCCUGACAAACAAAUAAGUCGCUUUGACGUGUUCUGCUAUGCUUCUGAACUCAAAGGACAUUUCUAUUGGCUGGUCCAGCCCGACAGGCUGACCUUUGACGAGGCUGUGCAGGCAUGCUUAGACGAUGGUGCAGAGAUUGCCAAGGUGGGCCACAUUUACUCCGCCUGGAAGCUCGAGGGUUACGAUCGCUGCGAUGCUGGCUGGUUGGCUGACGGAAGUGUGCGCUACCCCAUUUCCAGACCCCGCAAGAACUGCAGCCCCACAGAAGCUGCAGUGCGCUUUAUUGGAUUCCCAGACAAGAAGCAAAAGUCUUACGGUGUCUAUUGCUACAAGGCUGAGUAGUGAGGUAGUAGGUAGCAGUAGGGAAGCCAUAAUCACCAAAGAGCAGCAACAACCACAACCAAUAAAAUCCACAAGAAAGCAGACAAGCUUUGGAUCUUAACUAGCAUGAGCUCAAUACUUUCUUUGAAACUGUGAUAACCCUCCUUAACUUUUAAAAACAAAUACUGUACAUCUUACUUCCAUAUGCAAUGAAUGACAACAUAUGUGUAGCCAUUAAGUUUUGUUUUUUCUAACUGUGCAUUCAUUACAUUUACAGAGACUGUUGGGAAAAGGCAACAGUGUUAAUGUAUGAGUGAAAUGACAGAGACAAGAGCUUGAUGAUUGUAAAACACGAUCUAAGUUUGGUUUGUCCUCCACAGAAUGAUUAAAUGUGUGAAGUUUAAGAUUUAGAGCAUUUAUGCUCAUGUGCAGAUGAUAUUUGCUGCUUUAAAAUGUAUCUAAAGAACAAAACAAAGUAACAUGUUAUUCAUUUAUCAAGUACCACAUUAAUAAAAUACCUUAGAUGAACAUAAGUACCACUGUUGAGCUAUGGAUAUUAACGUGUUUUACUGCAGAAAGUAUUCAACUUGAUCCCUCUCUAAUCAGAGUUUAAGAGGUGGGCAACCCUGCAGAAUGUCUUUUAACCGAGGAGUUGUGAUCACAUUUAUUGUUUAACAGGAAAAUUCAUGUAAAUGUAUCAAUGGACUGUGACUUUUUCUCCAUUGAUAGCUCCCAUCAGAUAAACUUCUAAUUCCAAUUUGAAAGACAGUUUAACUUUUGUAACCUAGUGCAGUAUGUUUAUUUUAAAAAUGUUUUUUUUUUAUGUUUGUCACUAUAGUUUAAUGUGUGUAAUUUUUUUUUAGAGAAGAAAAAUACAGAUUCGGACAAUUGUAGAUUUGUAGUUCUUAGAAAAUAUUAACAAAACAUUUAGCCAGAUAGUGAAUUCAGAUUACAUACAGAUCUUCCCCUUUUUCUGUGAACACAACCUUUUUUAAAAAACAUACAUGUAACUAUCUUAUCUUGACAGUUGUAGGAAUUCCGUAAGACAUAGACUACAUCCAAUACUACAGUAGCUACAAUUGCAACGGAUGUUGUCGGGGCUGAAAUCCACUAUGACUGCAGUUUCACAAAUUCUUGCUGAGGAUGUGAGCUGGUAAUGGUACAUUUCCACUAGUACUCUAUUGUUUUAAAGACCUGAGCCGUACUGACGAUCACGCCUAAGGAUUCACUAAUAAUGUCUUAAGACAUGUUUUGGAAUAAAAAAUCAAAGCCAACAGAAAAUCAUAAUAAUAGUGUCCUGUGGACCACAGUGAGCAUGUUUUGGACAUACAGAGCUGUUAAUCUAAAGGUAUGACACGACCAGAAGACAGCAACCUUUUUAGGUAUCUGUUACAAAAACAAUAUAUUUGUGUUAGACCUUUUUUAACCCUGGGCACUGACAUACGGUACUUACUGCAGGCUGUAGUAAUAUGGUGAUGCAUUGUUUGUAAAAGCAAAACUUAAAAAUGUCUCUCACACUUGUGCAUUUGUAUUCACUUGUGCAUUAAAAAAAGGUAUUUUUGCAUCGUAUCACCAUGUACCUUUUUCAACAAAGCAGUUUGAAAUAAAGAACUACGACUUUUAAAUCAA